GUAAUUGUACAAAUUAAACGGAAAACAAGUGGAUGGAUUAUUCAUGUUAGAUAUUCUCGAGGUCUCAGUGUGACCAUUGUUUAAAUAAAUUGUCAAUAGUAACUCCCACGAUUUUUUGAAACUUUAAUUAUCAACGUUACCCCAAGUUUUUUAUGUAAUUUAUCAUUUUGAGAUUCAUGAUCGUGGCAGUUAGACAAGUGUCAAAGUUCAGUUUUGGAAUAUUAAGGCAUACAAAAUCAUACAAGACAGUGGAUAUUGGCAACUGAUUCAUUGUUCACAAUAGAUCCAUCGAGACAUCAAGACAUUUCAGACAGACAAUGAAAUCACACGAGUCGAUGAAAGGUUGGUCAGUAAUGUGGUGGUUAUUCACAUUGUUAGGGAUACCGGUGACAUUCCCAUGGCUGCUUUACCACCUUUAUGACAUAUUAAAAAGAAAACGAAGAUUAUCGAUACUUCGUGGAAAGGUGGUAAUGAUCACUGGAGCUAGUUCUGGACUUGGAGAGGCUCUAGCUCAUGUAUUUUACUCCUCUGGAUGCCGCCUCAUUCUCGUGGCAAGGCGAAAGGAUGAGUUGGAGAGAGUCAAGAAUACUCUCAUGCACACUCAUCACACUGUCACAACGCAUCCACCAACUGUUCUCUCAGUGGAUUUGACGGAAGUCAAUAGUUUACCAAAGGAAAUUGACAAACUACUCGCCAUUCAUGGUAAAAUCGAUGUGCUAAUUAAUAAUGCUGGGAUAUCCUAUCGGGGAGAGGCAGCCACUACUGAAAUGGACGUGGAUGUCAAAGUCAUGCUGAUCAACUACUUUGCACAAAUUGCGUUGGCAAAAGCAAUUCUACCAUCGAUGAUCAAACGUCGAUCGGGCCAUAUCGUCUGCGUUAGUAGUGUUCAAGGAAAGAUCGCUAUUCCCUACAGAUCGGCCUACGGAGCUUCCAAACAUGCUCUCGGUGCCUGGUGUGACUCAGCCAGAGCUGAAUUAGCUGAGAGUAAUAUUAAAAUAACAGUUGUGAAUCCAGGAUACAUAAAAACCGAUCUAUCUUUGAAUGCAUUGACCGGCUCGGGAGAUAAAUACGGAGUGAUGGAUAAGACAAUUCAGCAGGGUUACUCACCUAAGUACGUGGCUGAAGAAAUUUUAUCAGCUACUUUGAGGGAGUCCAGUGAGGUGACAGUGGCCCCCCUCCUUCCCAGGGUAGCACAGUUUAUCCGCUAUGUCAGUCCAUCGCUUUAUUUCUUAAUCAUGGAGAGGAGAGCAAAAAAAUUGGCGAAGGGAGAGUGACAAAAUGUUCUACAUUUUUGUUACUUCACUAAUUCGUUUGUGGUUAGCUGUAAUUUUUGUUCUGCACGAUUUUUUAUAUAACAUGUAUUUUUGUCACUAGAAUAUAUUCAGAGUGAUUGUCAUGGACUUCGUACAACAUAAAUAUUAAUUAUAAAGAAAUUGUGAAAAGUAUUUUAAAUGUACUAGGCGAAAUUACAUUUUAUUUUCAAUUA